AUGUUCCUCCGAACCGUCGCGGGUCGAGCUGGUUUGGCAGCAAACACUGCUUCACGACGUCAGGGUCUCGUCGCGGCCCAGCAAGCAAGAAUUAUGAGCUCCGUCUUUACUCGUCCGCUAUCGUCGGAAGCCUCGACAAUCAAGGAGCUCCCCGGCGACGAGUCGCACGAUGUCGUCUUCGAAAAUAGGUACGGCCUACGGAGCAUCACGCUCAACCGACCUAAAAAACUCAACUCUCUCAACGCGUCCAUGAUCCGCAAGAUUGUCCCCCGCAUGGUGGAGUGGGAGAAGUCGGACAUGGCCAACGUCGUGGUGGUCAAGGGCGCGGGCGAGAAGUCCCUGUGCGCGGGCGGCGACGUGGCCGCGCUGGCCAAGGCCAACCUGGAAAAGGAGGACGGGUGGAAGUCGUCGGCUGAGUACUUUGGACUCGAGUACAAGCUGGACCACCUGAUUGCGACGUACGAGAAGCCCUAUAUUGCCAUGAUGGACGGCAUCACCAUGGGCGGUGGCGUCGGCCUCAGCAUGCACGCGCCCUUCAGGAUCGCGACGGAGCGCACCGUCUUCGCCAUGCCCGAGACGACCAUCGGCUUCUUCCCCGACGUGGGCGCAUCCUUCUUCCUGCCCCGCAUGAACGGCGCCGUGGGCACGUACCUCGCCCUCACGAGCGAGAGGCUGACGGGCGCCAACGUGCUGUACUCGGGCGUGGCGACGCACUACCUGCACUCGUCCAGCCUGCCAGACCUCGAGGCCCGCCUAGGAGAGCUGCGGUUCCGCGACGACAACACCCUCCUGCAGCGCCUGCAGCUCAUCAACGCCACCAUCGAGGAGUUCUGCACCGGCCUCCCCUACGACGAGCCCAUGCAGCUGAGCGGCGACAUCCGCCGCGCCAUCGACAGGUGCUUCAGCAAGAACACCAUCUCCGACAUCAUCGCCGCCCUGAAGGAGGAGCGCGGCCCCAGCACCGAGGAGUGGGCGCAGAGGCAGCUGGCCACGCUGCAGAAGCGGUCCCCCACGGCCGUCAACGUCACCCUCCGCCAGAUGCGCACCUCCAAGUCCUGGGACAUUGCCCAGACCUUCAAGCGCGAGCACCAGAUCGCCACGCAGUUCAUGAAGCACCCCGACUUUAGCGAGGGCGUCACGGCCCUGCUGGUCCGCAAGGAGGCACCCAGGUGGCAACCCGCCACCCUCGAGGACGUCUCCGCAUCCGGCCAAGACGUGACCGACCCCUUCUUCGCCUACGACGAGUCGCAGGAGCUGUCGCUGCUCAGCGACCGCACCUACAGCGAGUACCCCUUUGCCCAGUUUGGCGUCCCCUCUGAGAGGGAGGUCGAGGACCUCAUCAAGGCGCCCGGCGGGUCGCCCAUGACCCCACGACAGCUCGAGGCCACGCUCAUCGCGUCGAGGCAGGGUCGCCAGGGCACCGCCGAGGUGGUGCGGGAGAUCAUGGAGCGCAAGACGGAUGUUGAUGAUCAAGGGCAUGUCAAAUGGGUGUCGGACGAGGUGUCGCCUAAACUGUAG